AUGUUUGAUAUCUCCUAUAAUGAGCUAAAUGAACUGAGCAAAGAGUAUUACAAAGCAUUUCAGGCAUUGUAUAGGCUAAAUACCAAAGAACAAGAUGAAAUUGAGGAUAUUUACAAGGGAAUUAAAAAACAAUUCAUUGAUACAAAAAUGUUUCUGCCACGCCAGUUCCCAGAAAUAAUACGUACUGCUGCCAAAUACAAUAUAAAGUACUUGAAAUCAUAUUAUUUGAUUUUCAAAAAGUUUUGUUACGAGUAUAAUGUUGCGAGCUAUUAUUCAUUACAAGAGUACUAUUUUUAUAAAAUACAGGGCUCAUCAUUUAAUCCAUCGUUGGAAGAAAGAUUCAUUGCAAACCUCAUAUGUAAGUUCUUUACAUAUAUUCCUACAAAUCGAGUCAAAGUUGAUGAAUUUCCAUCAAAAAGCAAUAUCUUGGACAUUCACGAAGAAAACUCAAUACACAGUGCAAUAAUGGAUGAUGACAAAGAGUUAUUUAUAUCCUUCACUCUUCGUGAAGGGUUCAAUAUGAAACAAAGAUUCGAUAGUGAAAUUUAUCCAAAUAACUCAAAUUCAUUACUCGAAUUAUGUUGUUAUUAUGGAGCUGUAGGUUGCUUCAAAUAUCUUCGCGAUGAAUUUAAAUUCCGUAUUACAGAUCAGUGUCUUUGUUAUUCAUUUUUGAGUGGAAAGCCAUACAUCAUGAGUGAAUGUUUGAAAUACAGAAAACCAAAAGAAGAAUGCAUGAAAUAUGCUAUCAUUUCUCAUAACACUGAUUUUGUCAGCUUUUUGAUGAAUGAAUAUAAAUUAAAAAUCAAUCUAGAAGAUUGUAUUAAAUUCAACAACAUCCAAGCAUUCUUAAUUUAUAUUGCUGAUAAGAACAUGAAUAUGGAUGCAGUCAUAAAAUCAAUGAAAUUUCAGUUCCCUUUGCUAUGUGAAUAUUUUCUUUCCCGUUGUGUUUUAGGGCAAAUUUAUUCCACAUUCAUUAAUGAUUGUUUCAGAGAAGCAGUCCAAUGUGAAUGUAAAAAAAUAGUAGAGAUUCUUAUAUUACAUGGUGCCAAUGUUAAUAAUUCUUAUUCUCCUCUUUCUUAUGCUGCCGGAAAAAAUAACACCGAAAUAGCAGAACUCCUAAUCUCUCAUGGGGCAUUGGUUAAUGCAAUAGAUGAGUUUGAAACUCACCUUCUUCAUGAAGCAACAAGAAAUAACUGCACUGAAACAGCAAAGACUCUUUUAGAGAAUGGAGCACAUGUCAAUGCAAAAGAUGUGUUUGGUAUGACACCUCUCCAUAUUGCAGCAAAAUCUGAUUGCACUGAAACAGCCGAACUUCUACUUUCAUAUGGAGCAAAUGUCAAAGCAAAGGAUAAUUAUGGAAACACACCAUUUUUCUAUGCAAUUUCAAAUGAUUGCAUUGAAACAGCCAAAAUUGUGUGCCCACAUAAGUACAUGAAAUGUUGUCUAAUUUUAUGA